UGAGACAAACACCAUUGGAUCAGACUCAGUUGAAAACACCCUUCCUCUGAGGAUUGGCUGUAGUGGGAAUUCCUCCCCUGUUUUUGCAAACCAGCAGAGACAAUUGUCCACGAUGGAUAGCAAGAAGAAGGGUAUCUUGGAGAGGCUGAAUGCUGGGGAGGUGGUUGUAGGUGAUGGAGGUUAUGUGUUGCAACUGGAGCGCCGUGGUUAUGUGAAGGCAGGACACUGGACACCUGAGGCUGCUGUAGAGCACCCUGAAGCAGUGCUGCAGCUGCACAGGGAGUUCCUGAGGGCCGGAGCCGAUGUGAUGCAGACGUUCACUUUCUACAGCAGUGAGGACAAGCUGAAGAUAAGUGGCAAUGUCACCACCAUCACCGGAAGCCAAAUCAACGAGGCAGCGUGUGACCUGGCCAGGCAGGUGGCCAAUGAGGGGGGUGCGCUGGUGGCUGGGGGUGUGUCCCAGACCCCGAGCUACAGGAACGAUAACAACGAGAGUGAAAUCAAGGCCAUCUUUAAGAAACAGAUGGAUGACUUCCUCAAGAAGGACAUUGAUUUCUUCAUAGUUGAGUUCUUUGAACAUGUAGAAGAAGCAGUGUGGGCGGUCGAGGUGCUGAAGACCAGCGGGAAACCAGUGGGUGCUACACUGUGCAUCUCCCCUGAGGGCGACAAGCACAGGGUCCCUCCUGGAGAGUGUGCUGUCAGGCUGGUCAAGGCUGGAGCCGACAUAGUUGGAGUAAACUGCCACUUGGACCCUCUGACCGACAUCCGUACAGUGAAGCUGAUGAAGGAGGGACUGGAGAGGGCUGGCCUCAAAGCUCACCUCAUGGUCCAGCCCCUGGGCUUCCACACUCCUGAGUGUAACCACUCUGGAUACAUCAACCUACCCGAGUUCCCCUUCGCGUUGGAGACCAGAGCGAUGACCCGUUGGGACAUGCAUAAGUAUGCCAGAGAGGCUUACAAAGCUGGAAUUCGCUACAUAGGUGGCUGCUGUGGAUUUGAACCCUACCAUAUCAGAGCUAUAUCAGAGGAGCUGUCAGCAGAGCGAGGAUUCCUCCCUCCCGCCUCAGAGAAGCAUGGACCCUGGGGCGCCGCUCUGGAGAUGCACACUAAGCCCUGGGUCAGAGCCAGGGCUCGUCGGGAAUACUGGGAAAACCUUCUGCCAGCUUCUGGACGUCCCACAUGCCCCUCCAUGGCCACACCGGAUGCUGAGUGAACAGACAGGACCAUGUCGUGUCAUCGAAAGAUUCAAACUGCUGUCAAAAUGUGAAAACUUAGAGCUUGAGUUAAAAUGUCAUAGUUAUGCACCAUUGUUUUCAUUUGUUUAAUUUAGAUGCUGCUCCACAUGUAAUAAAAGAGUUCAAUAUUUUGUAGAAAGUGAUUUUUACGACACCAUAGUGAAGUUUAACACCCUGGACCAUAAGCUUAGAAAAAAAAAAAAAGAAAAAAGAAAACGCUCGGUCUGUACAUAGAGAGAUGUCUGCCUACUGAAGCUUGUCCAGUGCAGCCAGUUUUGUGUAGGUUAGUUACAGAUGACUUGUUAAAAAACGCCUGAUCUGAGCCUAUUAACUGUGUUGCCUUUGUAGCUGACACCAGUGUAACUCUUUGUCAUGGCAUUUUUGUUAAGCUGUUGCUGUAUGUUCAAUAAACAACUGAUCAAUUUCUCUCU